AUGUCCGCCUCCACACCCGCACCCGCGAGUAGCAGCCAUGCGAGCAGCUCGCGCCGAGUACCGUUGGAUAAGCGGAAGCGCACCGAAACGAGCUGCGACAAGUGCAAGUCGCGCAAGCAAAAGUGCCGGAAGGAGCCUGGCCAGGACGCCUGUCGCUACUGCAUCGUGCACAACAUCGAGUGCCUGACGACGCAGCCGCGCAAGAAGAGACUGUAUGGGAGUGUCGAAGGCCUGGGCACCCGUCUGGCGCUGCUCGAGGCGCUGGUCAAGGGGCUGCUCCCAGAGGCAGACGUGUCCAGUACCGAGGCGUUGCGACAGCUUGCGACGUCGCACGGCAUACCGCUGCCAGACUCGGCCGCCAACGACGCGCAUGGCGACCAAGACGACAGUGGCGAGGGCGAAGGUGACGACACCGUGUCACUGUUGCCUGACCAGCAAGGGCAGGUGCAGUUCAUUGGCCCUGGCAGCUCGCUCUCCUUCCAUAUCAAGCUGCGUACGCUGGUCGGAAGAGGCGCUCUGCGCGAGUUUGUUCUCUUUGGCAAGAAUGCUGCCCAGGCAUCAUCGCCAACAAGCAGCGACGACCAGCGCAAUCCGUCGAACUCCACCGCACCAUCGAGUGCCACCCACGGCUCUGUCGCCGUCCAGGGCCGACACUUGAACCCCGGCGACAGACCAAACCUUGAAGUGCUGAUACGCGCCUUCUUCGAACACAUACACCCAGACUUCCCAGUCCUGCACGAGCCUUCAUUCCGCGAGGCCUACGAGGCGUGGUUGGUCAACCCCAGGAAUGCCGAUCCCGCCUGGCUAUGCAGCUUCACCUGUGUGCUGUUGCUCGCUCGUCGCGUUGCGCGCAUUCCCUUCCCAGAAGACCAGGAGCGGCUAUGGUGGCAAAGGACACAAACACUUCUCCCAGUCGUCAUCUUCACUUCUAGCAUCACAGCCAUACAAGCCCUGUUAUUGGCCGCCAUACACCUCCACAACACAAACCAUCGGGAUGCUUGCUGGAACCUGACGGGCACCGCUGUUCGUAUUGCAUAUGCGAUUGGACUGAACCAGGACAAAGUCAACGCUGGCCAAACACCUCUGGCUAGGGAGGUGCGCAAGAUUCUAUGGUGGACUUUAUAUGCCUUUGAGACGAUGCAGGUAUCCUCCUAUGACCGUCCGAGUUCCAUCGAGAACCCAGGCGCAAAAAUCAGCAGUCCUAACGAGAAAAUAAUUGGCGGACCCCCUGACCUGUUCGCAUGCUCGACCCGCUUGUUCAUGCUGCUCGGGUCAACGUGUCGCGCGCCCAAGACCGUCAAGUCCAACGCCAACGAUGAAUCCUAUGUUGGCCCCUUGUCACCCGCCGCGGGUGUACUACGCGACCUGGUCCGAUGGAAGGAGACGUUACCCAGGCACCUACAUUACGAAGCCACAGACGCUUCACCUCCUGCUAUGCAACGGCCGCUGUUGAUGAUACACUCCGUAUAUCACUAUACAACCAUCGUGUUGUGUCGCUCAGCCCUGCUUGCACGCGCUUCCAGUCUGACCAAGAGCGGUCAUGACACUACAAACUCCGCACUCACAGCCAUGGCGGAAGCUUGCUCUGAGUCUGGUCGGUCGCUGGCCAAGGCAUUGCUGAAACUCGAAUCUUUUAACAAAUUCGAUUCCGUCUACUCUUGUGACGUAUGGUAUAUGCUCGCAUCAAGCUCAGUGCUAGUCCUUGAUCUUGUGUGCUUGAAUAAGCUCGGAGGCACAGACAUGUCAGAAUCCCGCAUUCUGUUAUCUCAGCUUGCAGAUCUGGCACAGCGGCAUAGGCGGAAUCCCUACAUGCCUGGAACCAUUGAGAAAUUUGCAUCCCUGGUUCCAGAACUACAUUCCAUGGCUGACUCUCUAGCUUCGCCUGUCAGAUUUGCAGAGCCGGAACUCGAGACUCACGACACCGGACCCCAGAGUUCCCUUCCGCCGCAGCAAUUAUCGCAGCCGGAUGCUGUGCCACACAUGUACCAUCAGUCUCCGCCCGGCGUAGGUACUUACAUGUACGCGGAUCCGAUGCCAGGCCGUAUAUACCCUGACCAGGCCUUCAUGGGCCCUGCCAUGCACCCUAAUGCCCGGUUCGAUAGGACGACGCAAAUGCAGUUCAUGGACUUUACGAUUAACAAUAUUCACGAGUGGAAUUGGGCGGACAUUGGGACUAUGGUUGGCCCCGAAGGCGUUCCGAAUAUGCCUGGAAACCCUCAUGUACAUGGACCACAGCCAACAGGGCCGAAUUGA